GUGUUAAAAGGACACCUGCAGUGACACACUGCACUCACUGCAUGGAGAGGACAAUCACAAAGAACUGAAUUGUAACAUGAACACAACAGUGCUAACAUUCACAAUGACUGCGUUCGCUGCCGUGGAAAACUACAAACACGGGCUGUUUGCUGUAUUCCUUCUGCUGUAUUGCAUUACUAUCAUUUUGAAUUCACUGCUCAUUACUGUCGUACACCAAAACAAAGAGUUGCAUCAACCUAUGAAUGUGUUCAUCUGCAUGUUAUCCAUCAAUGAAAUGUAUGGCAGCACUGCACUGCUUCCUGCAGUUAUGGCUGUGCUCAUAUCCAAGACUCAUGAGAUAUCUGUGAAGUGGUGUAAGGCUCAAAUCUAUUUCCUUCACACAUAUGCCAGUGCUGAGUUUUUUAUUUUAGCUGUUAUGGGAUACGACAGAUAUGCUGCCAUCUGCUACCCGCUGUGUUACCACAGCAUCAUGUCUAAUUCAAAGACAGGCAAGCUUGUUGCAUUAGCAGGUAUAUACCCACUCGUUGUGUUUGGAUGUUUUUACACACUAACCUUACAGCUGAGCUUCUGCGGGAAAGUCAUACCGAAAUUAUACUGUGUGAACAUGGAACUGGUCAAAAAUUCAUGUUCAAAUGCAUCGCACAUAAGUAUUGUGGGACUUGUGUUAAUUCUGUUUUUGGUUGUGCCUCAGUUAGUGAUGAUUGUUUUCUCUUAUGCACAGAUUUCAAGAGAGUGUAGGAAAUUAUCAAGAGCGUCCCAAAGCAGCGCUCUGAAAAAAUGUAUCCCACAUUUAUUAUCUUUGCUGAACUACACUAUCGGUUCCUUUUUUGAAAUUAUCCAAACUAGAUUUAAGAUGAGUCAUGUUUCUAUUGAGGCACGGAUCCUCCUGUCUUUAUACUUUGUCGUCAUUCCACCUGUUGUCAACCCAGUGAUGUAUGGACUCGGUACACAAAUAGUUAGGGUUCAUAUACUGAAACUGUUUGUUAAGUACAAGAUCCUGCCAACAAAUUUACUAAAAAUAAUGACUGCAGCUUAAAUACAGGUUGAUAAAUUAUUUGUGUUUCAAAUACUAUACUUUGAUAUAGAAUUGUAUCUGAAUUGUAUGUCACAACAUUUCUUAGCAGUAAUGCUCUUUAUGAUGCAGUUACUCUCACAAGACCAUCUGGGUUCCCUAAACAUGUGCUGUCCAUUUAUUUUGCCAUUUGAGUCUUUAUAUUCAUUUCAAUGGAUCUAAUGUUAAACAGAAUUAAAUGACAGAACUUGUCGUUCAAAGCUGUGGUUCAAAUUUGGAAAUGGAAAACAAAAAAGUUAUGACAUUUUGUCAUAUUCAUCAAUAAGGCAUGAUUGUGCAUUGUAUUAUCGGCCCUCCCUGCACUGUUUACUUCUAGAAGGUUCAAAAUUAUAUUGUUGAAACCUUUUUAAACAUUUGAUAAUAAGAGUAAGAAAGCUGAAAUUAAAGUGAGGACUUUCAGACCUAACAUAGGAAGUUGGAAUUAUUCAUUCUUCACUUGUCCUUUUAAUUUCAUGAGUAAUGUCACAUAACAUUUGCUUGUAAUUUCUUGUGCUGCAAACUGUAAUUGUGUCCUGUACCUGAAAUAAAAGUAUAUAUAGU